CUCUAAAGCACUGACAAGCAAGUUUCCAUGGAGACAGUGUCGAGUCUCGGCCUGAAGCGAAGAUUUGAGGAGGUGGACAGCGGCUCGCCGUACUCCACGCCCAAGGACUCAGACGAUGACAUCUCCAGUAGUGACAGCGCUGAUAGCUGCGACAGCUUGAAUGCUCCUUCCAGCUCCCUCACACCCACCUCCAUCCUCAGACGACAUAAACCUUCGCCCGGUCGUAAGCGGGUGCGCUUCGAUGCCGUGACGGUUUAUUACUUUUCCCGCCGCCAAGGUUUCACCAGUGUGCCCAGCCAGGGUGGCAGCUCUCUGGGUAUGGCCCGUCGUCACUGUGCCAUACGCCACUACACCUUAGGGGAGUUUGCCCGUGAACAGGAGAGCAGCCACCGCCACAUACUCCGCCAACACUUACGUCAAGAGAAGCUCAAUGCUCGCAAACUGAAGCUGACCCGAAAUGGGACAGUUGAGUGUGCGCAGGCUGACCUCUUGACCCUGGAUGACGUCUCGGAUGAGGACCUGGAUGUGGAGGGGGUGGAGGUGGACGACUGCUUCUUCUUGCAGCCUUUACCCACCAAGAGGCGGAGGCAGCUUCUGCGGGCCUCAGGCAUUGCCCGCAUUGACGCCCGCGAGAAAGCCGAGCUGCGAGCCAUCCGGCUGUCUCGCGAGGAAUGUGGCUGCGACUGCCGAUUCUACUGCGAUCCACGCAACUGUGGGUGCAGCCAGGCCGGUAUCAAGUGCCAGGUGGACAGAAUGUUCUUCCCCUGCGGCUGCUCGCGGGAUGGCUGUGGCAAUGCUGCUGGGCGAAUUGAGUUUAACCCGCUGCGUGUUCGCACACAUUACUUGCACACCAUCAUGAAGCUGGACUUGGAGAAGAGGAGACUGCAUGCGGCGCGGCAUGGAGACGACUCCGGAGAAGAUCCUGAGCUCUCUCUCUCCUCCCUGAACUCAGACGUGGAUGUGGAGGUGGUGGAGGCCCAGGCUGCCCAGGACCUCCUGCUGGAGCAGUGCGAUAGCCUGGAGCAUGAGAACGAGACUGCCGUGCUCCACCUCCAGAGCGCUGAGGAGCGGGAGAGGAGGAGGGAGCAGGAGGAGCAGGAGCAAGAGGAGGUGACAGCAACGCAGGCAGGUGGGGCAAACGAACCAACUCUUUGCCUCCUCCAGGAGCACCUUACGGGCCAGGCAGAGGUGGAGGGCAUGGAGGAAGUCCUUCUCCAGGAGGCUUUCCCUGCUGGAGCCACCCUGCUCUGCAUCACUGAGAACCAGGAGAAUGAGGAGACUGAGCACCAGUCGCCGCAGCAGCCGUGCCUGCUCAAAGACCAGGCCUCUGUGCUCUACUAUCAAAUAGGCCACAUGGAGACAGGGGCAUUUGAGACACUGCCUGAGGUGGAAGAAGAAGAAAGUCAAGGAAAAGGUGAAGGAAAGACAGAGAGUGACAGGCUUGAAGAAGCAACCUGCAGGCAGGAUCUCAUUAAAAGUACAUCCACUGAGGUGGUUCCAUACCCAGAGAAGGGAGAGGGGGGCAAGGGAGAGGAGCUGACCUCAGAGCAGGCUCCCUCUGAAGGCCAGUGCCAGGAGAGCAGUGUGGGGCUAGACGGAAGGGCAAUACAGCUGUCCACGGAAGUCUAAGGGAAAGCACUUGAGCAGAUAUUUUGCACAUGGUUUUCAUUAAAGUUCAAGGGUG